UCGAAAUUUGUGGCGAUAAUACAAAUGUGCUUCGGAUAAAUCAAAUUAUAACUGAUGUUCGUUACUGAUGCAGUGUAAACAUAAAGGAUUGAAGCAAGCUUCGGCUAGUUUUCGGAAAUCGCAGGCAAACAUACAGGAUGAGAGAAUUUAAAGUUGUUGUUUUGGGAAGUGGGGGAGUUGGAAAGAGUGCUCUUACAGUUCAGUUUGUCUCAGGAACCUUCAUGGAGAAAUAUGAUCCUACAAUAGAGGACUUUUAUCGCAAAGAAAUUGAGGUGGACUCUGCCCCGUGUGUUUUGGAAAUUCUAGAUACUGCUGGUACUGAACAAUUUGCCUCCAUGCGAGAUUUAUACAUAAAAAAUGGACAGGGUUUUGUUGUUGUAUACAGCAUUACCAAUCAUCAAACAUUUCAAGACAUUAAAAACAUGAAAGAACAGAUCAUGAGAGUGAAGAAUCUCGAUCGAGUUCCAGUGGUGGUGGUUGGAAAUAAGAUAGAUCUUGAACAGCAACGGGAAGUAAGUAGCAUGGAAGGGAUGUCCCUAGCUCAACUGUGGGGAUGUCCGUUUAUGGAAGCUUCGGCCAAAAACAAGUGCAAUGUGAAUGAAAUGUUUGCUGAAAUAGUACGUGAAAUGAACUUGAACCCAGAGCCAGAAAGACCCAGUCACUGCUGUGUUGUUCUCUGAUGUAGGUAUAAGUAUGGACAAAUAAAAAGUUUGCUGAAAGAAGACUGUGCCUUCUUUAAAUGGCAGAACCCUUCCUUUGAAUUGAGUUUGAUAUGAACUCUUGCUGUGCAAUAAUUUCACUGCUUCUCACUCAAGUUUGCAAGAACUCUGAAGUCAUUUUUCUUUUUUUUUUUGUUUAUAUUUGUAAUUUGUUCCCUGAAUACAUUUGUGCUUUGCUUUAGCUUGUCAGUUUUUGUUUUGUAAUUGUGUUUGUCUAUGUAAGGUCAUUAUAAAGCAUCUAUAUGAAUGCAAAAUUUAAAUUAAGGGUACGAGUAGUUGCUAGCACUAUGUCUUUCAUUAUAUUUUGUAGCCGAACAAUGAUUAAAGAAAUUAAAGCACUUUGUAAGUUCAGGAAAACUUAAACUAAUGUAGCACGUGUUUUAAAAGAAUGUGGGCCACCUAAAGUUGUCUAAGAUUUCACUAGUGAUAAGCAUUUCAUGACAAGGAGUUUUCUGUGCUGGAUAGUUAAAAUAUAGUGGUUUAAUGAGUUGUUUUAUUAUGAUCUGUUAUUAAUGAUCUGUGUAAAUAUUUGUCAAGACUAAAGUGUUGAGUUAUAGAAGGAAAAGUGAUAGUUUUUUUAGAUAACCUUUCAGCAAAUUGAUAAAUAGAUUAUAUAUACUUGUACACAUAAACACACCUUCACCAUGUCUACAGAGAGAAAGUUGAACACACAUGAUUUGAUGUCUUUGUUAAUCCACACCUGUUGUGUAAUUUUUAAGUACCACGAUCUACUAAAGGAAGUAUAUGUAAAUUGCUCGAUGUGAGGAAACCGUAAACAUCAAAAUUAAUAUAUAUAUAUAUUUUCAGCAUUGUCUCUGGUAUUAUGCAUGAAACCUGACUGUGCAAUGUAGCUUUAUUAAUGGUUCAUUUGACAAAAUACUACUAUUGAUAUUUAAACAGAAUCUUCCAGAAUUCAUAAUCUACAAGGUUAUGUGAUAGAAAUGCUUUCACAGAAAUGAAAAUAUUUCAGUAAAAUUUCAAAAAAGGAACCAACUCAUAUUGAGUUGAAUAUAAGUAAAGCAUACUGUUUUCCUCAUUAACUUAUUUUGUACAGGCAUCAUCCCUUUGAACAUUUGAAGAGUUAAUUUUCAUGCUCCUAGUUUAAGUUUAUGGCCAAAAACAAAUUCUGGCAAUACAAGCUUAUUGACUGAACAGAACAUGCAUAAUUAGUUCCAUAUCACAGCUUACACGUUUGUGGAAAAUGUAUUGCCGUGAUAGAAUUGCAGCAUUCGUGAUUAAAGGCAUGGUGGAUUAUUUGGCUUAAUGUCAUUUUGGCCUGCUUCAAAUUGUAGUUGUAUGUGCCUUUAGUACGUAAUCACAUUGUCCGAUUAGAGUUGAGGCCUUUCCAAAUGCAAAGCAUGUGAAAAAUAUUUAGGCACACUUUUCCUGUACGAUGUGACUGAAUAAAUUUUAAUUUUCCACUUGUAAGUUUAAGAGUAUUCACUUAAAAAACAAUCCUAGUGUUUUAUGAAUUAUGUGUGUGUGUAUACAUACAUACAACUAUGUAGAGAAGAAUAUUACUCAGUAAAUAUAUAGUUAUUUAUUUAAUGUAUCAAGUGAAAAAUGUUGUUUUUAAAUAUAACCCAUUAUGGAUAUUAAUCUAAUACGAAAUAGAAACUUCAUUUGGUCAGUGCCAAAAUAGGCAAUUAAGUCUAUAUGUCAAAAUCUGGCAUAGGGACUGUCCCAGAAUUUAUAGAGAUGAAAUCAGAUAAAGUUAUUGUGCAUUGCUCAGUUUAAAGCAUGAGUUAGAGGGAAAAAAAAGAAGAAUUUCUGUGUGUUUGAGGUUUUUAUCAAUGUACAUGUGCUAUUGUUUUUUUCUCUUUAUUUAGUGAAUAAUUGCUUUACAAAACUAUGUUAUAUAUAUAUAUGUGAAAAGCAGUUACUGGUAUUUGGUACUUUUUACUUUAGAUACAAUUCACAAUAAUUGAAGCUGCCAUAAGGAUAGAAAAGUAAUGUUUUACUGUUUGACAUGGACUUAAGAGUAAAUGGAUUCUCUGUAUACUUGUAUAGUGAGUAAUUUUACAAUCUAUAAAUGUUUAUUUUUUGUGUGUGUGUGUAUUUAAAGUGAUAAAGUGACUUAAGUUUUUUUUUUUUUUAAUUUUGAACACAGACAUACAUGGGAACUGUACGUUUAUCUGUAAAAAUUGAACAACUUCAUUCAUAUUGGCUUUUUACAGACUGAUUAACGACAGUGUUACGUUUACAUAUGUUUGUCUUUUUAAGUUAUGAAGAGAUAUAGAAAUAAUUCCUAAGUAUAUGAGUGAGUUUGUUACUACUUUCAAUCAGCUUUUCAUGUAUCUUUGUAUAACUUGUAAGAAAAUAUUGGUGCUGUUGUCCUUUUUUUACCUGAGUUUAUAACAACCAUUUCUUCCACCUUUCAAAACCGAAAGCCUUUCAUUGUUAUACGAGAUGAUUAACUGUAUGCCAUUAAUGCUCGCACUUAUGGUUAUGACAUACCGUCUUCAAUUUCUUUUAUUUUUUUUUUCCUAUUUUCUCUAAUGAUUUAUUUACUUUGUGGGCAUUGCAACAGAGCUUGUAAUGAAUAAUUGAUCUUUAUUGUAAUGUUUUUAUUUAUCAGAAGGGUUUUUUAUAUAUGGUCUGCCAUUUUUGAGAAUAUUAUAUAACACCUUAUGAACUGAGGCAGUUGCUAAAAAAAUAUACUAGAUGAUGUUAUAAUAUUGUAUUCCUUAAAGUGGUAAUAAAACUACCUCUUAGGGUAUAUAUAUAUAUAUAAGGUGAUAAAUAGGGCAUCAUACUAGUGGUGGUACUACCAUUUUACCUGAAGUGGCCUUAAUGGCACCCCUUUUCAUACAAGAUGAUGAUAAUGGUGGUCUGAUGUAAAAUUUAGUAGUAAUGGUGUAUGCUGUACUGGAUGGUACUAAUGGUAUCAUACUACGGUACUUUUGUGAUGCUGUUUUAUUAAAAAGCAGUAACUGUAAGCUUGCUUUGUGAUAUGCAAGUAAUGUUGUCGUGCGUUAGUAAAUUACAGUUUUACGAGAAAUCUGCACAUUAACGUGGAGAAAUAAAUUUCAAAAUAAUUUAGAGAAAUAUUGAAUAAGGAUUUUUCUCUCUCUUCACUGUUAGUCAUUAAUGUUAAUCGAAUAAUUAGUGAAAGAGGUUGCCAGUUACAAACAAUCAAAGUAAAGUUUCAAAAGCAUGUGUUAUUUAUUGGUCCAUUUCCCACAGCUUUUAGAUAUUUAGCAGUAUAAUGUAUUCUCUUGAACAUCCUUUUUUUUUCCAGUGUUUCAUUUUCUUACUGAAGACGCAGAAAUACUUUAAAAGUAUUGUGUUUCUUGUAGCUUGUUUUUAUGGAAAGAAAUCUGUAAGACUGUAACAAUGUAGUGAAAUGGUGGUAACAAUGAAUGUUUCCUCAUCACUUGUUAUUUUGUUGCCUGCUAGUAUUUGUUUAUUGCCAAACUUUUAAAACAAGUAGCUGGAGGCAUCAUUUUUUGCCAUUUACUGAUUUUAAUUUAUUCACAGGAAAAUGGAUGAAUAAAAUAUGUAUGUGUAUGCUAAGAAAUGUUUAAUUUGAGUGACUUGUGUAAAGAAGUUAUUGGUGCCGUGCACUUGCAGUAAAACGAGAUCGUUGAAUCUGCAAGACCCGGUUAUUUUUUCUAAACUAUAACUAAUUUGUGGUUACAUAUAUUGUCAAAUAGUUUUGUUUUUAACUUUAUAUUCUGACACAGUUUUACAAUUUCUUGGAAAAUAUAAAUACAAACUUUUAACUCCUUUAGUACGUUUUACAUAUUUUUAAACUUUAAAACAAAGCUUUAUUUUUUAAAUUGCUUGAAAUUGGAACUGUUUCUAAUUUAAGCCUAAGAAACAUAAAUUCUGUUUUAAAUAAAACAAUUUUUUUAUUAAUCAAACAAGGGACCAACCUUGCCAAGUCAGUGUGUUUGGGCUAUAUACAAUUUUAAGGAUUACGGUAGUACUAACAUACGUCUAAUUACUCGUAUAGUUUAAAACAAAUAUUUAAAUUAUACAGUAAAGUUUGGCUGGCAUCAUCAUAAUAGGGCUUCUAACAAUGAAAUGUAGGUAUUUGAUUCAAAUUCUUUUGGAUAUUCUAGAGAUCUUAAGCCUAUUUGCAUCCAUUUCUGCUCUUUUAAAAAAAAAAAAAGUUGCAUAGUGGUAAAAUCCUGUAAUUACUGUCCACUCUCAUCUACUUGUACCAGAAAUAACCAUGUAAUUUGAAUUUCAAAUCCAGCAAAUCUGAAGUAAUUCUAAAUUAUAUGACUAAUACGUGUGUGGCAACUAUUAUUAACGCCGAUAUAUAAUUAUAAAAUUCUUAAAUUGUUGAUGUAGGUAUAAAUACAUAGAACAUGCACACGUGUAUAUAUUUCUGUGUGUGAAUAAGUUAAGAGCACUAGCAGGUUAAUAGUGAGUUUUCACAGGUUGAAAAGUGUAAGGUGUGUUGUAAAACAAAGUGAGUUUGUUUGUAAGUAAUAAGACAUUUGAGCGUGUUGGUUACUUACUAGUACAUCAAAAUAAAUGGCCUGUGGGCAGGUAGAAGUUACUGUACGAAUUAAAAGAUGUAAGAGUAUUGACGUAGAAGAAUAUUCAUUAAAGUAAACAAGUGUAUAAAUUAGAAAGUUAUCAGAAAAAUGGGAGGAUUACUGGUAACUGAUCAGAAGUGGGUUUUCUUAUAUUGUUCUAUGAAUAUAUAAUUAUAUGUAUGGAUCUACGUAAGAGAAAAAGAAUAUAUAAAGGAAUAAAGUAAAGCUUGUGUAUAUAUAUAUGAGGUGUUUACUACUAUAGCCUUAAAGAUGAUUUAGUUUUCAUUCAUUCUUUGAAUAUCAGCUGAUCGUAAGUUACUAUAAAAGUAGCUUACACUUGUUACUCUUGUUUCAGUUUUUCUUUUGCGUGUCACUCAGAGUUAUUGUAGAACCAUGACCAUCAUUAUUUAAAAAAAAACAAGAUUAGUUUCUCAUUGCAAAGUGUUCGGCUUAUGUACUGGGUGUUUCAAAAGUCACUUUCCCUAUUCCCGAUGACUGCAUUCAGGAAACGAAAAGAUACAGUGUUGUGAAACUUGGUGUGUAGACCAAUUUGACUUUGAAGAAGACAAUUUCCAUAUGUUUACAAACACUUGGAUAUUAUUUUGGAUUAUGACUUUUAUACCCCCUAUGAUGUCAUUAGAACACACCACAACUGUGUACAUUGUGUUUCACAACAUUAUGUCUGUUGGUUCCUGAACUUGGUCAUCUGGACAAAGGAAGGAAUUUGGAAACACUUGUAUAUCCAAGCAUUCAUUUAUUGCAGACUCAGUGCGAGCUUCUGUAAUAUAUUAGGUUGAAUAAGAAAAAAAAUUAUUGCUAAUAUCAAUUCAGCUGGAUAGCCAUAUAUAUGUAUAAUUUUAUGUGUAAUUAGCAUUUUUAAUGGAAGUUUAUUGCUGUUGUAAAUGUUGAAGUUUUAAGUGUAUUACAUAAGCUUUUCCAUACUAAUGUUUUGUAACAAAUAGAACCUUUUGAAUGUUGAUUGUAAGUAUAAUUACCAUAACAUCAUAGAAAAUUAAACAUUAUAUGAUAUUCAACUCAGAAUGCUUCAUUGUUAUCCUCCACAAUGCUAUCCAACUAUUUGUUUCACUGAGCAUGGCUUAAAACCACCGUUAAUAAAGUUUUACCUUUGUGAUAAAUCCCAGUCAGAUUACUUAAAUGAUUUAGUGUAGUUAUUAGCUACCUAAAUACUUGGAUAAUGGUUAUUAAAAUUGCCUAACAGUAAAUUUUUUCAAGUAAUGUAAAAAUGUUCAAGAUACAGAUCUGACAAUCAUACGCUUGACUGCAUUAUGAGUUUUAGCUACAGUAUCCGUUAGCUUUGGAAAAUUGAAGUUGUUGCUGUAAUGUAUAUUGUUGCCUUUAUUUUUUGUAUAUAUAAUCAUUUUUCGUGACCUUUAAUUCAAAGGUUUACAAUACUCGUUUAUCUACAGAUAGAUAGGACUAGAGAUAUUUAAUGUAGAGAGAUGACUAUUUGUAUUAUUCAAUUAAAAGUAAGUAAAAAGUUUACAAAGACAAAUAUUUAUUACCAUGUAUAUUCAAACAAAAGGUUCAUGAAGCUAGGUUUGUAUUAAUUGAUAUGGAUGAAAAAUACAUAAUGUUAAGCUUAGUGAUUAACUUGAUUGUCUACGAACAUCAAUUACAUUGAUUAGUGCCCCUGAAAAUAAUCAUUUAAUGUCAUGACAAUAAUAAACUAAUUUAAAUCGGUGUUUCGGAUAAUUCCAAGUAAUUAAAAUAUUGCUAUUAUUAUUUCUGAUAUAUUCAAGAUUGUUAUGCUUAAUUGAUUAGUGUUAUGACUCGCGAGAAUACUAUUUGAAAUUUAUGUGUCCAAUUAUUACAAUUUUUCAAUUAUUCCAACUAUCUAAGUCUCGUGAGAACAACUGACAGUGUUGGGAGGGUUACUUUUAAAGAGUAUUCUGUUUUACAAUACUGAUUACUCAGUUUUGUAAAUAAUCUGUAACGUAAUUCGAUACGUUACUCCAAGUCAGUAACAUAAUCAGGUUACUUUUGGAACACAUUUCUUUUCAAUUAGAAAACAGUGGCAGUUGAGUUCAAGGAAUAAGACAAUAUGUAAGUAUCUUCUGUUUUUAUGUUAUACAAAUCCCAAUACUGAAGACUGAUUAAUGUUUAUUUGUAGUACAUAGUUAUAUGCUAAUUAAGAUACAUAUCAGUUUUUAUUUUACACGUGCUUCUGCUGCAUUCAAAGAAGCCAAACCUGAUAGUGUGUAUUUUUAAACAAGUUAAAAUGCAUUUUGAUUCUCAAACAUUUUAAGUUUAGCUGGCAAACAUUCACAGGGAACUAAAUUAAAGCCCUGUUUCUACCUGAAAUUAGGUUGUCCUUUCAAAAUAAGUCAGAACUACAUACAUUACAAAAAAAUCAGUUAGGGACGUUCCUCUGAAUUAAAUUUACAGAGAACUAAAUGAAACAUUUGUCUCUUUCUGUAGGUCAAAACCGUACAUUACAAAGAUGUAUAAUAAGUUUUUUCAGCUGAAUUAAAUUAAAAUAGAUAUUAAAUUAAACAAUUCUUCCUGAAAAUAUGUUCUUUUUUUUUUCUUAAAUAGUUCAG